CCCGUUCAAUUGGUCUUUCAUUUGAAUCUUGCGGUCGACACUGACCGUCAUCAUUCACAUGCACAGCCCAGGGGUCAGCUUCAAAAAAUCGAGGCACGAUUUACUGAUACGCUCAGUGCAAACUCUCAAUUGCAAAGCGGUGUAGAUUAAGUAGUAACGUAUUUCGCCGCUGCAGGGUGCCCGAUACAAAUUUAGAGGCAAACCCCGUCUGUCCGGCCGUCCGCCUGAAUCUGGAGUGCUGACAUAAUCGUCACUAUCCUACUCACACCGAAGUGUUAUUUACAGGACUUGUCAGGUUUCAUGACGCGAAUUGGCGCGCAGUAUGGAAGGCAGCUCGACAACAGAGAUUAUGAGGAAGAGAUAGAGCAAAUUCGACGUUAUGAGGAUUUCACGACCAUUGAUUGGAUUCAAGAUUCGAUAGUAGAACGGAACAGACGCAUACGCAAUGCAAAGGCAGCAAAGGCGGCCUACCGCGGUCCUCGCGGUGAGAUCACACCUACAUGGGUGUGGGCUCAGCUCUGGAGGUUUCUGAGAGCUGGAGAACCCUGGCUUGUGAUAAGUUUAGUUGGUAUCUUCAUUGGCGCGAAUGCUGCUUUCAUUUCAAUUGUCACGGAAUGGCUCUCGGACAUCAAAAUGGGAUACUGUACGGACGGAUGGUGGUUAAACUCCCAAUUUUGCUGCUGGGAAGUUGAAAGUGAUGAGGAGUUUUGUCCUUCAUGGCGUCUGUGGAGUACGGCGCCUCCAGCACGAUGGUUGAUCUAUGUUAUAUUCGCGGCUAUAUUUUCGUUUGUAGCGGCUCAUCUUGUUCGUAGCAUGGCGAAAUAUGCUGCUGGAUCUGGCAUUUCAGAAAUCAAAUGCAUUCUCACGGGCUUCAUCAUGCAAGGGUUCCUCGGGUAUGCAACCUUCUUCAUCAAGAGCCUUACGCUUCCUUUGGUGAUUGCUUCUGGGUUGUCCGUUGGUAAGGAAGGCCCUUCGGUGCAUGUUGCGUGCUGUAUUGGAGCUAUCGUCGCCAGCUGGUUCCAGCGGUUUUCUCGAAGUCAAGGGAAAAUGCGUGAAAUUAUCACUGCCGCCAGUGCUGCAGGAGUGGCAGUUGCUUUUGGGUCACCAAUCGGUGGUGUUCUGUUUUCUAUUGAGGAGAUGAGCCAGAUGUUUCGCAUCAAAACGAUGUGGAGAAGUUUCGUGUGCGCGUUGGUGGCGACGUUUACGUUAUCCGUGAUGAAUCCGUUCAGAACGGGAAAGCUUGUGUUAUUCCAAGUGACAUAUAACCGUGAUUGGCAUUUCUUUGAGAUUAUCUUCUUUAUCAUACUUGGAAUAUUUGGCGGACUCUACGGCGCGUUUAUUGUCAAAUUUAACAUGCAGGUAGCUGCAUUUCGUCGAAAACACCUCGCAGCACACGGCGUUGCAGAAGCUGUUAUUCUUGCGACCCUCACUGCGACUAUUGGUUACUUCAAUCGUUUCAUGCGCAUUGACAUGACAGAGAUGAUGUCAAUUCUCUUUCGUGAAUGCGAAGGAGGCGGAGAUUACGACAAUUUAUGCCAAAUGACUGUUCAGUGGCCCAUGGCGAACUCUCUCCUUCUCGCUACAUUCAUACGCAUGGGAUUUGUCGUGAUUUCUUAUGGGGCGAGGGUCCCCGCAGGUAUCUUCGUACCUUCGAUGGCUGUUGGAGCAACUUUUGGGCGGAUGGUUGGCAUCAUGGUAAAGGCAAUGUAUCGUGCUUAUCCUCACUCAGGGAUCUUUGCGGUUUGCGACCCAAAUGUACCGUGUAUCACACCGGGCACUUACGCCUUUCUUGGAGCCGCGGCAGCUCUUAGCGGAGUUAUGAGGAUAACUGUGACUGUUGUCGUUAUCAUGUUCGAGCUCACUGGAGCAUUGACGUACAUUUUACCGACUAUGAUUGUCAUACUGGUAACAAAGGCUAUCGGUGACUUCCUUGGUACUCGUGGCAUUGCAGAUGAGGCGAUUCGAUUCAAUGGCUAUCCGAUCCUUGAGAACGAGGAUCACGGCUUCAAUGUCUCAGUUUCGGAGGUCAUGAAGAAGGAUCUUGAUAUUCUGUUUGCAUCUGGGAUGCUUGUCUCUGAUGUUGAGCGAUUGUUAGCGUCUACCAAUGUGAAAGGUUUUCCGAUAGUUGCUUCCGAAUCGUCUCAAACGCUUGUUGGGUACAUGGGCAGAACUGAAUUGCGUUACGUACUAGACAAAGCCCAAAACGUGGGGGAUAUAUCCCCAAGCACGCCCUGUGCGUUUACUAGAGAAGUCUCCGACCAAGAGGACUUUGUUUUAUCAGACAUGACUUCUGGAUCAGCUCUUGGUGUUGAAGAAGACAUAGCGACGGAGUUUAUAGAGACAAGUGCAACUAUCGAUGUGCUUAAACUCUGGCCUUGGGUGAACCAGACACCUCUUACCGUAUCUCCGCGGCUACCACUGGAGAUAGUAACGCAAUUGUUCAAGAGGAUGGGUCCCCGGGUGAUACUUGUCGAGGAACACGGUUUGUUGAAAGGCCUGGUAACCGUUAAAGAUGUCCUGCGGUUCAACGCGACAGAGCAACCUAUUGGGGAUCUGCAUUGGGAUGCGGGUGAACUGGAGGCUGCUCUUGAUGUUAUGUGGAUUUGGGCGGUAGGGAUUGGGGAAACUUCCAUGGAGUGGUUUAGACGCUUGAUACGUCAGUGAUGCUGCCGUGUUUUUUUUCUACUUGCUAUCCUAAUAGAUGGUCCAUGUACUAACUCGUGCUUCUCUAACUCUUAUGUGAAAUUGCA